AGUUCGCAAGACCCCUACUCUCGCCAUGGCACCUAAAACUAGCGGCAAAGCUGUCAAGAAGUCUGGCAAAGCACAGAAAAAUAUUUCCAAGAGCGACAAGAAAGGCAAGAAGAAGAGGAGGAAGGAGAGUUACGCUAUCUACAUCUACAAAGUACUGAAGCAGGUUCACCCUGACACCGGUGUGUCCUCCAAGGCCAUGAGCAUCAUGAACAGCUUCGUCAAUGACAUCUUCGAGCGUAUCGCCGCCGAAGCUUCCCGCUUGGCUCACUACAACAAGAGAUCGACCAUCACCUCCCGGGAGAUCCAAACUGCCGUCAGGCUUCUCUUGCCUGGUGAGCUCGCCAAGCACGCUGUCUCUGAAGGCACCAAGGCCGUCACUAAGUACACGAGCUCGAAAUAAUUUGGACUAUAAAACUUUGAAUAAAUCGGCCCUUCUCAGGGCCACCAUUCAUUCUCGUAAGAACAUGACUUUCAUAUGCACUACAUUUAUACCAAUUCUAACAUGAUGAAAAUAUAAUGUGUUUAUUAUCAUGAACCUUGAUUACAUUCGUAACGCAUCUAUUCCAUAACCGUAGUCAAACAAAAGUGGCACUAAUAUGACCUAUAAAUUCGAAUUGAACCCAAUAGUCGAUGUUCGACUCGUUUUAGAAACUUAAUUUUCAGUACUCAAAGAUUCAGGAGAAAUAUUGACAAUAUCGCAAUCGCUAUUUUUAUAAAGUAAAAUAUUUUAUUGGUGUUGGAUAUAGCUAUCGUAAGCAUCAUCUGUAGUAAGAUUAUGCACAAUCAUUUAAAAACGAAGUAGCCGUAAUACUUAAUCUUUGUAAAGGGUCAUGAAAAACUUGAUCAUUUUUCGCUUCUUGACUAAAAUUUUUUUGGUAAAUGACGGUUAUUGGUGUCAUGGCUCGUUUGAAAAAAUAUUUUGAUUUAUACAUUCAAUUUUUGAAUUUAAGGUUUUAAUCAAAUUUUAUUUAUAAUCAACUGACUUAUUGAUAAGAGUUUCAUAGACUGCGGAAAAUCUGAGUGUGAAGAAAUGUUUAGAAUUAUACGUCAUUAGCAUUUUUCAAAUUAAAAUAAUUCCGUUCUUAAUUUUUCUACUUCAUAAAAUUUUCAAUUUAAAGUUUAUGAGUAGAAGAAACAAGUAAAAUGAAAGAAUUACGGAAAUUACGAGACAUUCUAAAAUGGAAGGAGGAAAAAUUCAAAUAAGAAUGACAUUUUGUUUUGACAUCAACAAUUGUAUUUCUUAUUAAAUAUUUAUAAGAACACUUAUUAUAUGAUUUUUAUAUUUAAGCGCAAUACUCGGACAUUGAAUUACCGCUGCAAUUGUAAAACGGAUCUAUUAAGACUUGUAAAAACCAAAGGCAUGUUAAAAUAUCGUAAAUUAAAUUUACUAUCUUCACAAAAAUAUUGCACAAAACAUUAUAGAUGUAAAAAUUGAAUUCAAAAGAGUUGCUCAUUCAAUUUAAUGCCAAAAUUUUACUAUCACAGUUCCGUUUUACAUUACAAAUGUUCAUGUUAAUAUUGCAUGGGUUUGAGGUCAAUAAGUGCUUAUAUUUUCACAAAUAUGAUCAUGUAUAUUGUGAUUUACAAUUAAAAUUCAUGCUCAAAAUAAUGAUCUCAUCUAGUAUAAUGAAUUAACGAUAAUAUAUUAAAUACUCAUUAUUAAUGUAUUUAGAAAGAAAAAAAGAAAAAAGAGGUUUUAUUCAAGGAAAAUGAAAACUCAUGUACACUUUUGGAGCUUAAAUCGUUUAAUAAGGAAAUCUUUGUACAGAAAGCAAUAAAAACAAACGCAAAAUA